UUUUGAUAUUGUUGUUGUUGUAUCAAAAAGUGUUAAUAGAUCAUUAAUGAAUGCAUAAAAUGUGUGUUUGAUGAAUAAAUCUAGUACAUGUAUUAGAACGGAGACUAUGUAGAUCAAUCAGCUGGAUAUAUCGUGAAAUAAAGGUAAUACGCAAUGGAUAAAUUUCCAGAAUUUUACAGAUCGAUGUCUCAUCGUUUAUUUGCUGUUAUGGAUGCAAUUGGUGUUAGUGAAGACAUUGUUUAUCGGAGACGACACGCUUACCUGAAACAAGAAUCAAUGAGAUCAAUAUUUUACCAGUUGAGCGAAAUAAAUAUAAAGACGUAUCACUUUGGAAGUCAGACCGAGGGUACAACUACCCCAGAAAUGGAUUCCGAUUUAGAUACUUUAGAUUGCCAACAAAAUUUCAAUGUUAUAACAGAUAACAGCUAUUGGAAAACUGGAAAAGAAAAUAUGUCCAUAAUUCAAAAUGACCUAACACCUCCCGGACACUGUCGCUUGCAUGAGGUUGAUUUCUUGUCCGAAUCAGAGGAUUAUCCGCAUGAAGAAUGUCUAUUUGACGAAGAAAAUAGAUUAAUUCUACCAAAUACAUUUGCAGUUAAUGUUGAAAAAUCUGCUUUUGAAUACUUAGGAUUUGGAUACGAAAGGCAUGGGCCUUCUGGUAGUCCGUUUCCAGAUAAGGAUAUUGUAAACGGGUUUUUAUGUUCGACCUGGCCUUUGGACUCUUCCCUUUGGUUAGGCCGCCCAAGAGCUUUACAUUGGCUGUCUUCUGAAGUUAUUGCAGAGGUAUUAGAAGGUGGUUGUUUCAUUGUUUCUGUUGGCCAUCCUGAGAGUGAAAACGAAAAGGUUGAGUGGCGCGUAUCGUUUUCAAAAUCUGAAAGAGUGCUGACGUUCAACAUAAAUAUUACGCAGAUCAAAUGCUACGUUCUGCUCAAGCUUAUUAAAAACGAGGUUUUGAAAUUGAUAGCUGGUGACCAGUUUACCAGCUAUCACUGCAAGCUUGUACUUUUGUUUACUAUUGAACGAUUACCAACCGGACUUUGGGUCAGUGAAAAUUUGCUUUCUUGUUUAUUUAUGUGCUUAAAAACCAUGCAAAUGUUCUUUAUUUCAGGUUAUUGUCCUCAUGUUUUCAAUCCUGCAGUAAAUUUGUUUGCAGGAAAGAUAACUUUAAAUGUACGUUUAAAUCUCCUUACGUGCAUUACAAGUAUUAUCAAUGAUGAUGUCAGAUGCUUGUUGUCGCUCAAGAGUGAUUCUUUAGGAAACCUGCUGGCUCUUUUUUCCAGCAGGGUGAACAUAAGGUCGAUGACUUGUAGUUCAGAUUCAGCGCUGAAGACAGAGAAGCUGAUAAUUGGGAAACUAGCCUAUGAUGAACAUGUCUCACUUUGCGGAGACUUGUUUUCUGUUCUUUCGUACACAAUCAAACCAGAGCAUUCCGUUCAAGAAUGCAUUAAACGAAUAAUCAAUCAUAUGAAAAAUUCCUUACACUACUUUACUAAUGGGGACAGUUAUGAAAAGGCAUCAGCGCAAAUGUUUGUUGCAUAUCUAUGUUCAUUUUUGGCGUCACUAUAUGUUGCAUAUAGUAAAGACCAUGUCCCAAAGUUCGUAUAUUCUUUGGUGGAUGUUUUAUACAAACUUUCAGAGUCUUCCUUGGGCAUAGACGUAGCAUCCAGUAAACUCAAACUUGCAACAUUAUAUUAUCAUAAAGGAGAUCUUCAAAAAGCAUCAUAUAUUUUGAAAACUAUUGAAAAUAUGUUUGAAAACCACGUCACACCGAUAUGUGGGAACUGUGAUUGUAAUGAUUCUCCACAUAAAGAGUUUGUCAUACAGUUUUCUGCAUACCUAGCGAAAACGUCGCAGAAACGUGUAUUGCACACUGUGUUACUUUUUUGCGACAGGAAUUCCCGUGCUGUCCAUUUGCACUCCGAUAUGAGAUGUAUCGAUCCACCAGUGAUGACAUUCGAAAUAGAAAAGAAGGUAUGCAAGAAUGGAUGGACUGGGCGGAAGUAGAUGCUCAACCUUAUCUUUAUUUUUUGCAGUUUCUGAUAUAUAAGCGGAUGAAUGAUGAAGAUCUGCAAUAUGAAGCAAUGUUCAAGCUUGCAUCUUUACUGCAACGAAGUCCCCCAAUAUAUCACCCGGAGACAGCAUUUAAUCUUCUUGGACAGUGCUGGGAGAUGAAGAACAAUCUAGACCUGGCACUAAUGUGCUAUGAUACAUCAUUACGACUUGUUGACAUAAACAACGCAGCGAAGUGGCACCUCGCAAAAUUGGUAUAUCGUAAAUUAUGUGGGACAAGUGAAUUUGUUUAACGUAUUUCCCUGAAGUAAUUGUGUUUAAAAUCAAAAGAUUUGCCAUAGACGUUACAAUUACAUGCGAGUAACUAUUCAAUAUCAAUUUUACGAAGAAUAUACGAGUAUUGCACAAUGUCAACGCUCCUUAUCCGUUCUUAUUGUAGAGAUUUUGAAAUGUGUAUAUAUAACAAUAACGUUUCAAGGUGUAAGUAGAAUACUGUACUUGUUGUUUGUUUGUUUUGUUGGAUUUAACGUCGCACAUACACAAUUAUAGGCCAUAUGGCGACUUUUCAGCUUUUAUGGUGGAGAAAGACCCCCAGGGGCCCCUCCGUGAAUUAUUUCAUCACGAGCGGGCACCUGGGUAGAACCACCGACCUUCUGUAAGCAAGCUGGAUGGCUUCCUCAAAUGAAGAAUUCAACGCCCUGAGUGAGGCGCGAACCCACAUCGAUGAGGGGCAAGUGAUUUUACGUCCUUUAUCGUAACCAGUCGGCCACGGAGGUCCCUACUGUACUUGUUAACUUUAAAAGGUUAUCAUGCUUUUAUAAUUGAUUAAAUUCGAUUCGAGUGUAGUCGUUUACACACAACAAAUUCCUAAUCGAUCAGCUUAUAUUGUAUCACUAUUUUGGUAAUAAUGCAUGCAUUCACACGAGAUUUCACAUACUGACAUUUGAAUAGGUACUGCAGCUAAUUAUUGAUUUAUUUUUGGCCGACACACGGCCA